GGUUUGUUCAACUGUUGAGUCUGCGCAGAAGGUGCGGCGCUGAAAUUCAAAUUUGAACAGUUGUUUUGUCCAGAAGAGGAACGAGAGGAGCUGAGAGCCGCUGUUCCAGGACACACCGUGUGUACACAACCUGUAACACACUACCUGUAACACACUACGUGUUUGAUAUAGUGCUCGACGAAGGAUUAACUGUCCAACAAUGGAUCCGUUUACUGAGAAACUGUUGGAGCGGACUCGAGCUCGCAGAGAGAACCUGCAGAAGAAAAUGGCAGACAGACCAAACGCAGCAAACAGACAGAUGGUGAAAAGGCCCCGCGAGCCGCUGGCUGACAGCAACAGUGUGACCAGUGAGCCAGUCGGUGAGAACGUUCCACAGGUGUCCUCCAAGCCUUCCCCCUCCAAGCGCAGGUGCUCAGAGGAAAACGUCCAGCCCGCAGCCGGUGAGGAGAACCAGGAGCCGACGAUGACACGGGCUUUGGCCCCAAUCCUGUCGGAUCCCCUCACAGACAAGAAGCCUCCGACGGGCCCCGCCAGCGUGCGACCCGCCUCGUCCCUGGAGAGGACUGCGGUCCUGUCCCAGCCGGAGAAGAUGGCUGCCAGCCCUGCUCCUAAUCCUCCACGCAGCAGAGAAGCAGUGAUGGUGUCUUCCAGUUCAGCCCCGCAGAGCAACAAGGAGCACCUGGUGGAGCACCUGGUGGAGGACUCGGCUCCUUCUGCUGCUGGCAUGAAGUCUCGUCUGCAGAAGCUCGCAGAGCACAGGAGGUUUUGGGAUGGCGACGACGCCCCCGAUGCAGAUCCAGACUGCGCCCCCCCUUCCCUGUUGAGACAAGCUGAAGUCCCACCAGCUGCCGCCCCCACUGUGUCCUCAGGACCUCCGGCGGGGAGGAGAGGCAGACUGGCCAACCUUGCUGCCACCAUCGGGUCCUGGGAAGACGACCUCAGCCACGCUAACAUCCCCAACCACGGCGCUAAAGAGAAGCCGGUUCCCAAGGGAGCAGUCAGAGACGCUGCUGUGGCCCCCAGCACUCAGCCAGGUGCUGCAGGCCGUGUGGGGGCAAGCAGCAAGUCUACGCCCAGCUCGCAGCAGGCGUUGUUUUGUCCAGCAAAGCCGAGCCGGGUGAUUCUCCCAAGUCCUCAGAGCGCCGACACUCCUGCAGCCAGGCCGGCGCUGAAGAGCUCCAUCCAGGGGGGGGCCUUCCCCUCCAGCCCCCAGAAGAGCUCCAUCCAGGGGGGGGCCUUCCCCUCCAGCCCCCAGAAGAGCUCCAUCCAGGGGGGGGCCUUCCCCUCCAACCCCCAGAAGAGCUCCAUCCAGGGGGAGGCCUUCCCGUCCAGCCCCCAGAAGAGCUCCAUCCAGGGGGGGACCUUCCCCUCCAGCCCCCAGAAGAGCUCCAUCCAGGGAGGGACCUUCCCCUCCAGCCCCCAGAAGGCCGGCCCUUCCUCCUCUACAUCAGUGCCUCAAAGUCCCCUGAAGAACAAGGCCCUUUCCAGGGGGCUCACCCCCGCCUCCAGCCCCCAGAAGCCAGAACUCAGUGCCAGGCCCACGACUGCAGGCCCCCCCCCGGUCCUGAAGGACAAGGCCACUGCUGGAGGACCUGGUGUAAAAUCUUUUCUGGAGCGCUUUGGAGAGAGGUGCCAGGAGCGCAGUAACCAGAGCUCCCCAGCAGGGGGCAGCACCCACACCAAGACUCCCACUGUCACUCCAUCAUCAGCCUCACCAAACACCCAGCGGGUACAUGAGCGGCUCAGAGCUGCACAGGCUGCACAGACCACCACCGCUGAUCUCACACAAAGACAGAAGCUGGAGAGGGAGUCUGAGCUGGCUCAGAUUCGCAGUCGCUUUCAGAAAGGAAAAGAUGUGUGGAAAAACAAAGAGGACGCUGCAGUAACCAAUAAAAACACGGACGUCAAGGAACAGCUCGACAAACCAGUGGAGGCUGAAGUUGCCCGAUGUGAGGAUGAACCCACAGCAGCCUGUAGUGAGAGGACAGAGGCGCCCACAAAGAGCAUCCCUGCAGCUCAGGCGUUGAUGCUCUCGCCUCCAACCUCAACAUCCAGUCCUCUGAGGGGGGGCUGCCAAACUGCAGAGAAAACAACCAGAGAAGAAGAAGAAGAAGAGGAGGAAGAAGAGGUGGUCAAGGAGGUAGAGCUGAAUGUGGACCAGUCCAUCAACUCUGCAGUGAUCAACGAGCUGUUUGAUGGAGUCCUGGAUCAGAGUGAUGAUGAGGGUGAUGAGGAAGAUGCGUUGAAUAUCUCCUCCAUGUCCCUCGUCACUCCGCUGGCAGAGACUGUGGCUGCUGUGAUGAAGAGUCCAGAGAGAAGGAUGAUGACGUCGACUCCGGCCAGCUCGUUCCUGGUGAAGAGCGACGUGUCGGACAACGUUUCCAAACCGAGCAAGUUCCAGAGAAGCAACAUGAAGCACAGCGGCGACGCCUUAGACGAGGAGCGCAGACUUCCGUACAGCAUCGAUGCCUAUAGGUCCAUCAGGGUGAAGGAGGUCGAGAGACCCACCGCCAAACAGGUGAUCGUGAGAAAAGAGGACGUUAGUCACCGGGCGGAGGAACCCAGAGGAUCCGGUGUCUCCAGUGUCAAACAGAAGAUGAAGAUUCUGACGAAUGAGCUGAACCUGCAGCAGACGGUCAUCCAUCAGGCCAGUCAGGCCCUCAACUGCUGCACCGACGAAGAGCACGGCAAAGGCUCUCAGGUGGAGGCGGAGGCUGAGCGGCUGCUGCUGGUGGCCACGGAGCGGAGGGAGGCGCUGAAGGCCGAGCUGGACCGACUGAAAGGAGACCCGGCAGGCCAGAAGAAGUCCUCCGCAGAAGCUGCCGGCCUGUCGGCCUCCACGGGCUCCGUCACCCUGCAGGAGCUGCGCCUGCCUCUCAAGGCAGACUUUGUGUGCUCCAUCGCCAACAAGCCAGAGUCCACCAAACAUUCCUUCUUCAUAAUGCUUCGUGCCGGAGCAGAGAACACGGUGGCCACGCCGUUGGCCAGCACACACCGCGGCCUCAGUGGAGACACGCUGGCCUUCCCCACCAAGUUCACCAUGUCUGACGUCUGCAGUGACUUUGCAGUUGAUAUUGAGGUUUAUUGCUUGGUGCAGAAGCGCGACGUCUGCAAUGACAAGAAGAAGAAACCAAAGUCCAAGGCCAUGACUCCCAAGAGAUUCCUCGCCAUCACUAAAAGUUCCCAGACACCAGUCGUGUCCAGUCCAGGAGGACCCAACGCUGUCCGCACCAGUAACUUCGUCCUGGUGGGAUCACACCGCCUCAGUCUGGCCUCUGUGGGGAAGAACAAGUUCCAUCUGGAGAAGGUGCCGUUCCUGUGCCCUCUGGAGGGCCACGUCUACCUGAAGAUGCAGUGUGAGGUGGGCUGCAGGGUGGAGGAGAAGGGCUUCCUGACCAUGUUUGAAGACGUCAGUGGAUUUGGAUCCUGGCACAGGAGGUGGUGUGUGUUGUCUGGAUACUGCAUCUCCUACUGGACCUACCCAGACGACGAGAAGAGAAAGAAUCCCAUCGGUCGUGUCAACCUGGCGAACUGCACCAGUAAGAAGGUGGAACCGGUCAACAGGGAGUUCUGUGCCCGACCCAACACAUUCGAGCUCAUCACGGUGCGACCGCAGCGAGAGGACGACAAAGAAACACUCGUCAGCCAGUGCCAGAACACCAUGUGUGUCACCAGAAACUGGCUGAGCGCAGACACGAAGGACGAGAGGAAUCUGUGGAUGAAGAAACUGAACCAGAUCGUGGUGGAUCUGCGGACGUGGCAGCCGGACGCCUGCAGGCCGCUGUAAUCCCUCUUCUAGCGUUGGACUGUCGGUAUCCACAAAGUGCAACACGGUGUCAGAAUUGUUAAAUAUUUGUACUUUAUAUAUUUUACAGGAGAUUAGUAAUCACACGCAGAAGGUGUAGCUCGGAGGAGAGUAAAGCCAUACUUUUGAAACAUGUCAGUAUUUUGUGUGAGUUUGGCGCCGUGUCUUUAACGUGCUGCUUUAAUGUUUGGGCUCGUGUUGCGUCGACACGCAGCGCCUGGCUUUAAGUCGUGGUUCAAAGCUGAACUCAAUAUAUAUAUAUGGUGUUGGAAUAUAAUGAAUAUUAUUUUGAGUUUAUCACAUUCUCUCCUGCAUGACGGCACAGAACUAUAUAUAUCUUUAGUUACUCGUUGCAGGACUUUCACGUGUUUCUUGGCGUGCACAUGUUUGAUCUCAGUUAUUGCUCAGCUUUAUUCUCUUUGAAACGUUUGUUCAGUGUUUACUUGCUUCAGCGUUGAAGGUAAAGUCUGUUCCAUCCUCGACACGUUCAACACGUUUAUACCUGAAUGCAAAGCGGAGUAAACGACUGAUUAGUGACGGUUUUUAAAUGAUCUUAAACCUUUUAGUGUAACCGUAUUGGUGUUAUGCUGAUGCCUAUAUAUGUUUUAUCAGCCGGACUUCACUCUGGGUUUUAAAAAAGGCUCAUUAGCAAACCGCUGUAAUAAUGUUCAGGCUCCUGUACCCUGAACAUUUGGGCAAAGUGCAGAUUUAUUUAUUUUCAAAGGAGUUUUAUUUGUAAAAGCUCAAAGCGAUAACAUCUGUAGUGCCGCAGGAGCCGCAGGUGCCGCAGGUGCAGCAGGUGCCGCGACCACACAGACUCUUAACUUCCUCGCGUUGUGCUCAUGGAGAGGAUGUAACAGACUACCUGCAGCUAAAUGUUCUUUCAGAGUUGUAAAAGAUGACGCUUUUUUAUCAUGUUUAUAAAGAAUACGAACUUCACCAGAUGUGUUUCUGCACGUUUGUCAGGUAUUUGUGGAUUCAUCAGAUGAAUAAAUAACGUGUUCCAUUCGACCAAAAGAGCUCGUUACUGAUGCUUCCUGUUGUUUUAUUGAAAUGUAACAUUAAAUUGAGUCUUCAAUGUGU